AUGUUUCAGGGUGGAUCGGUGAGUGUAUUAACACAAGAAAUUAAUUCUAAUCAAGAAAAUAAAGGAUUUCUUCCACGUUCCUACAUUUCAAAAGAGGGAUUUAUUGAAGAAUAUAAAAAACAUAAAAAUUCAGUAGCUGAAGGAGAACUUUAUAUGCAAGUUUUAAUUGAACUUACAAAAGCAUUAUCAGAUAAUGAUUCUCAUGAUAUUAAACAAAUUGCUGAAUUCUCAAUUAUGAUUGCUCGCAGUGCAAAAUCAAGAAUCCAGGAUCAAGACACCAUUGAAAAAAUUUACAGAAUUAUCUGCGAGAUUUUUUAUAUUGCUGAAUUUCGAACAGAUGACCUUAAAUGGAUUAAAGAAUUAAAAGACAAAUUGAAUGAGAAAUUUUCGUUUAUGCCCAGGCAUAAACAAAGAAAAGAUUUCGCUAUUUCUGAAGAAAAAUACAACAAACAAUUUACACUAAAGGUGGCCGAACUGGAAACUAUUUUGAAAAAUAAUGCAUUAAAUGACAACGUGAUCCAAAAACUUCCUUCCUACAAGAUAGAUAAAAAGUUACAAGUAGUAGUAGAAAUGCUUGUUUUGGAUAUAAUGGUGAUUUUAGACGUCAAUGUUAAAGAUGUGAAUGGUCAAAAUCCUCUUCAUAUUGCUACUGCACAUGGAAGGAAAAAUAUCGUAGAGUUUCUUUUAAAAAAAUCAAUAAUAAACAUUGAUGAAUUAGAUAAAAAACAUAGAACAUCGCUGCAUAUCGCUGCUAAAAAUGGUCACAAAGACAUUGUUGAACUUUUAUUAAAAAAUAAUGCUGACACUAAUAUAAAAGAUAUGUUUAGUUACUCACCUUUACACUAUGCUGUAAAAAAUAAUCAUAUUGAUAUUACUAAUAUUUUAUUGACAAAAGAAGUAAAUCUUGACACCUGCAAAAGUGUUGGUGGCGCUACGUCACUGCAUUGGGCUGCAGAUGGAGGUUACCUAGAGCUAGUUAAUCUGUUGCUAAGAAAUAAGGCAAACGUUAAUACAAGAAACGAUAAGGGAGAAAUACCGUUACAUAUAGCUGCACUAAACGGUCAUCAUGAGGUGGUGAAUACCUUAAUUCUCAAUGGAGCUGAUGUUAACUGUGGCGCCAUAGAUGGCCUAACACCAUUAUAUUAUGCAAUAGAUUCUGGUUAUGAAAAAGCAGCUAGUGUUCUAUUAAAGCAUGGAGCUAAUGUUAAUGUUGUUGAUAAAGUCUAUAAUAAUACACCUCUGCACUUCGCAGCAAAAGGACAUGACAAAAUUGUUAAAGAUUUAUUGAUAAAAAAUGCAAAUACUAAUAUUACUAGUGUUGAAGGUGUCACCCCAUUACUUAUUGCAACGAGAAAUGGUCAUUUUGAAAUAGUUGCUGCUCUCGUUGAACAUGGAGCAAACAUUCAUGCUAAAGAUAAGUUUAAUUUUGCGUCAUUGUUCUAUGCAGCAGAGGGUGGUUAUAAGGAAAUUGUGGAACUUUUAAUUAAGAACGGAGCACAAAUUAAUGACAAAGCCAAUAUUAUGAAUACAACGCCAUUGUUUAUAGCUACCCUUCAAGGUCACAAGGAUAUUGUUGAACUCUUGAUAAGACAUAAUGCUGAAGUUGAGGUCCAGGAUUUUGAAGGUAAUACACCAUUACACGCAGCUGCAAUUAAUGGUGACAUAGAAAUUAUUGAUCUUCUAAUAAAAAGUGGCACUGAAGUGAAUUUUCGUAAUAACAGGGGUUUGUCACCUUUACACGUAGCUGCUCGAAAUGGUCGAGAAGACGCUAUUACCUUUCUAAUUAAAAAUAAAGCUGAAGUCAAUAAUAAAGCUGAACACGGUCUUACUCCUUUACAUGGGGCAGUUUUGGGAAAUCACAAAGGUACUGUACAUCUCUUAAUUAAUAAUAAAGUUGAAGUUAACCCGGAAAACAUUGAAGGUAUCACACCGUUACAUUUAGCAGUGGAAGCAGGUUUUAAAGACAUUGUUGAGAUUUUAAUAGCAAAUAAAGGUAAUGUUAAUAUUGAGAUUGGUAACACUACACCAUUAUUGUCCGCUAUUAAACUUAAUCAUAAAGAUAUUGUAGAGGUUCUUAUAAGAAAUGGUGCUAAUAUUGAUGCACAAAGUGGCUUGCCUUUACAUUUAGCAGUGCUUGCUGGAUAUAAGGAUAUUGUAGAAAUUUUACUAAAAAAUAAAGCCCUUAUUAACAUAAAAAAUUCUGAAAAAUUGACUCCUUUGCAUUUGGCUGCUAAAAGAGGUAAUAAAGAAAUAGUAAAUUCUUUGAUGAUGAAAGGAGCAAAUAUUGAUCCAGUGGAUUCCGAUAAUACAACUCCAUUAUAUUUUGCUGCAGCAAAAGGAUAUGAAGAAGUUGUUGAAGUUUUAAUAGCAAAUGGGGCUAAAGUUAACUUUUUAAAUAUUGAAGGGGCUCCAUUGCAUAUAGCUGCAGGGCAUGGCUAUGACAAUGUUGUAGAAAUUCUAUUACGCAAUGGAGCAAAUGUUGAUCUCAAGGACAAUUUGAACCGAACAGCUCUAGAAUUAGCAGUUUCUUACGGUCAUUUGAAGGUAGUAAAACUUUUACUGCAACAUAAAAACGUGGAUAUGAAUGCUAAAUGCAAAGACGAUUAUACAUUACUCCAUAUUGCUUCACAGGAAAACAAUUUGAAAAUGAUCAAAUUUUUAGUAGAGAAGGGAUCCAACAUUAAUGCUGUAAAUAGUUCUGGCUCAAAACCGAUACAUAUUGCAGCCAGAGAAGGGCACAAAGAUACUGUAGUGUUUUUUGUUAGUAAGGGACUGAGUAUUAAUGAGCCUGGCCACGAUGGUCAAACAUUACUACACUAUGCUGUAAUGAAAGGGGGGCUAGAAGUUGUAAGGUACUUAAUAGCUGAAGGUGCUGAUGUUAAUGCCAAAGAUAACAAUGAUAUCGCACCUAUGCACAUUGCUGCAUACUUUGGUUUUACUGACAUUAUUGAAGUUUUAUUAAACAAUGGCGCAAUUUACAACGCUGUUGAUAAUCUAAAUAGAUUAAGACCUGUAGAAACAACUAAGAACGAAAAUAUUAUCAAUUUAUUAUUAUCAACAGAAAAAUUAUUCGAGUCUAUAAAAUGUAACAGUUGCAUAAAGACUGAAAUUAAUAUAAAAGAAGGAGCAUCUGUGAAUGCUAAAACUACCGAUAAUGUAACACCAUUACACUAUGCGGCAUGGAAAGGCUAUGACGGAAUUAUCAACCUCUUAUUACAAAAUAAAGCCAAUCCUAAUAUGCCUGGUAAAAAAGGAUGUACUCCAAUACAUUAUGCAGCUAAAUUUUCACAUUUAAAAGUAGUAAAAGCUCUUUUAUCCUAUGGUGCAAUAUAUAAUGCACUUUCUGACGGUGGUCAAACACCGCUAGACUUUGCUAAAAACAAACGUAUAACCACUUUAUUUAAAUUAAUUAGUGAUUCAUUUAAAAACGUUAAAGAAGAUAAUUCUCAGGUAAUUAAUGACCUAAAUAGCAUAAAAGAUUUUGAUACUAUGAAAGCAAUAAUGAUGGCUCGCAAUAGGGAGAACGAAACAUUAAUAGUUGCAGCUUUACAUAAUAACUUUUCAAAAGUUGAGCAGUUGAAACAGUUAUCACAAAGUGGCGUAUCUACUCAACUUGAAAAAGCUUUAAAGUUUUUGAAUCAAGGCAACUAUCAACAAGCGCUAGAUAUUUUCAAAAGCGCAUUAGAAAGGAGAAAAGAGAUAUUAGGAUCAGAUAAUCCUGGUACUUUAGAUAUUCGAACAUACAUAGCUUGGGUACUGUUUAAGCAAGGAAAUUACCAAGAAGCUUUAAAUAUGCUUGAAGAAAUUUUACAAAAACAAAUAGAAAUUUUGGGUUUAAAUAAUAGGGAUACUUUAAAUACGAGGAGUAUAAUCGGUACAGUGCUGCACAACCUAGGAAAAGAUGAAGAGGCUUUUGAAAUUUAUCAAGAAGUUUAUCAAAAACAAAAGGAAAUACUAGGUUCAAGUCACUUACAUACCUUAGAUACUAAGUUUAACAUGGCGUUAGUACUAGCUAAAUUGGGGAAAUAUGAUGAAGCCUUAAAUAUAAACAAAGCAAUGUUUAAAACAUGGGAAAAAUUGCGGGGAACAUAUGAUCCUGCCACUGUGAGUGCCAAGAAUAAUAUUGCUCUUGUGUUAUCUAAUCAAGAAAUGAAAAAAGUAUCUUUAGGUAUUAGUCAUACUGAUACUUUGCGAACGUUAUGUAACAUAGCUGGAGUACUCUUCAAGCAAAAUAAAUUCGAUGAAGCUUUAGAAGCUUUCCAAGAUGCUUUAAAUAUCCAGAAAGAAUCCUUGCAACAAAAUCACCCAGAUACAUUGUCUACACAAUACAAUAUAGCAAAUGUACUCCUUGCUCAGGGAAAAUUGGUUGAUGCUCUGAAAAUGUACAAAGAAAGUUUUAAUCCUAUGAAAACUAUUUUUGGACCAAAUCAUCCGAGUGUUUUAGACAUUUUAAAAAAGACGGAGAUAAUUCAAAAAAAAAUUAACCUUCGAAGUAAGUUACAGUCCAAAAAAAAGUCAGAUAUUUCUAAGCUUUUGCAAAAAAAUUUUAACAUUGCUGCUAGUAAAGGUGAUGUACAAACUAUUCAAGAUCUAUUGAAAGAAGGAGUUAAUGGCAAUGAGAAAGACGUUAAUGGAAUAACACCGAUGCAUUAUGCUGUAAGCAAUGGACACACAGAUAUUGUGAAUAUCUUACUUAAAUGUGGAGCUGAUAUAACUCUAACUACUAAUAAAGGUAAUACACCAUUACACAUAGCUAGUUCGAAAGGUUACUUAGAAAUUGUCGAGGCUUUGUUACAUCACGUUAAUUGUGACAAUUUAAAUGACUUUGUGAAUGCUAAAACUGCUUCUAACGGUACUACAUCACUUCAUGUUGCUGCUAAAAAUGGAUUCUUAGAAAUUGUAAGAUCUUUAUUAAAACAUGGCGCAAUUUACAAUAUUGAGAAUCAAGAGGGCAAAAAACCUAUUAAUCUUUCGAAGAAUCAAAAUUACGAAUUACCAUCGCCAGUUGGCGGAUUGCAACUCCCAGUUAACAAUAAUGAAUUCAAAAAUAAAGUAACAUUGUUUUAUUCUUAUCAUGGAAUUCCACAAAGUAAAUGUCAACACAUUGAAUAA